AGCACAAUGGUUAAAUAUGACAUCGCGCUUCACUGAGUACUAUAAAAUUCCGGGUUCGACUCCCGGCUGCGGAAUAAUUUUUUCCGCAAAAACCCUAAAUUUGGGGACGGCAAGUGGAUAAAGGUGAGAAGUUUUAUGCCUUUUGCAGAAUGAUCGGUGAGUGAGUUUAUUGUUCUUCUCUGAUUCUCCAUGGAAGAAAGUCGCUACAGCUAUAGAAAUGGCUUGAUUUGGUUUUUUUCUUUUCUUCUCCCAGUUUUAUAGUUAUUUACUUAUUUGCGAUUUCGGAGCUCACUAGUGAAAUGAACAGAGAAGCCGAAACUUGAAUAGUAAAAAUCUUUGCUUCCACUGGAUCUACGAGUCACCUGUAAGUUUGGAACCAGAUAGAUCGUUUCAGUAUUCUCUGGUUCUCGAUGAAAGAAGGUCUCUUCUUCUUCCAGCUCGUUCUCUUCUAGUAAUGCUUCUGAUUUAGAGCGAGCUGGAAAAAGCUGACUCAUUUUUAAAAAGGCAAAAACUUUGCAGUCUCUUACCUCGUUGAUUCAUUGGGUUUACAAACUGCAAAAAUUGCUGAAUCCAUCUCAAGGAAACUCUGCAAUUGUGGAUAAUAUGUAACGAUGCUGCAAAUCUGAAUCUUCUUAGAAGUCAUGGGCCGGCUCAUAGAUUCUCAUAUUUCCAGCAUCAUUACAGAUUAUCCACGAUGGCUUGAAGAAGCUGCUGAGAAAUCACUUGCCCACAAGCUUAAGUGACCUGCACUCCAGAGAGAGCUUCAAGCUCUGAGCCCACUGAGAUCCUUUCAAAAAUCCCUAAAAUCAGAAAAGGUAUCGGUUUUGAGAGAUUUGGAUGUGAGGAACCAUGGUGACAAAGGAGCCUGAGCAUUGAGCAAUAGGUCAAUUUUAGACUUAGUUCAUCUCAGUUUGUUCGGGAUCAAACCGUUUCUUUCUUGAUGCAACUUAGACUUCGAAAAAUAGCUUAAAUGUAAUCUUACACUAUUUUAUACAUUUUCUGAACCUGUUUAUCUGUUUCAGUUAUUUUCUGAAUUUUUGGUGAUCUUGUUCGUAUGGACACAGUCAGUUUCCAAAUUAGAAUCAAGAAGACUCUUGUGGGGAUGCAAUUGAUUCAUAAACUUAAAAAUCCAAUUUUUUCUCAUCCAACCUCCAAAAUUAUCCUUACUGAUUUACUGUUGGGUCUAGAGUAAAUUAAAGUUUUGUUUUUUCUUGUGUGGGGAUUUUAGUUCUCCUGUGUUUUCUUCCAUCAGCGUUCUUAUUUUCCCUGACUCUGUUUCUGGAUUUCUUCACUUUUUUUUCACAAAAAAAAUUGGAAACCCUUUGAUAUGGAUAUCUAUAUUCUGAUUUCAGCUUUUGAACUGCAGAUAUGGAUUUUGAAAGAUGCAAUGCAGCUUCUGAGUUCUUGUUUUGGUCAUGAAGGUGGAUUUCUGUCGAUAGAGGUCGAUCCCUCGGGUGCUGAUGCCUGGAAACUCGAAACUGUCAUUGAGCUUCUCAAACAAGGAGCUGUUGGCGUUAUCCCUACAGAUUCAGUAUACGCGAUUGCAUGUGAUUGUAAAAACCCUUCCGCUCCACUUAGCAUCUUAUGCCGUUCUUUUCGAGACAUAGACACAUACACAUUCACAAUGGGGUUCCCUCGUGGUGAUGGUCAUGGUCACGCCAAUGUUUUUCGAGCCGUCAAGCAAUGCUUACCUGGUCCUUACACUUUCAUCUUGACUGCAAGCAAAGAGUUACUACCAAAACAUCGCGUAGGGUAUGGCACGACCAGUGUGAAAUACGCAACCAGAAAAAACGUGGGUGUCCGGAUAUCUGAUGAUGCUGUGUGCCAAGCUAUCUUGCAGGAGAUGGAUGCUCCGCUGAUUUGCACCAGUGUGAAAGGGCCAAAAGAAAAUGAAUGGAUGAUUGAUCCAGUCGCAAUUGGUGACAUAUAUGGACCAGAGGGUCUGGAUUUUGUGGUAGAUGGAGGUGUACGAGUGGCUGAACCUUCGACCAUUGUGGAUAUGACAGGACCAUAUCCCAAAGUCAUACGUGGAGGGAAGGGGUCUAUAUUGCCGUGGAUGGUGGUUGAGGACGACGACGACUCUCGCCUGCGCCAGGAUCUUAUUGCUUCUGGAACUUAGAAAAGAGAUAAAAAUGUGCAAAGACUCUUGUGUUUUUGACAUUUAGACACAGGACAUCUUGUAGCUGGAGAAUAUGAUUAAUAAAUGUGAAUCUGAAAAAAUCCAUACAAAACACAUGUAUGGGGAAGUAAGACACAGGACAUUUAGACACAGGACAUCUGUGCUUUUUCGUAGCUAAACUAAAACACUGUGCAUUUUUCUAUCAAACUUUAACUUUUGGGCCUUAAAUUUGAUGUCGUUUGGAAUUGAAUAAAAAAAUUUGCUUUAGACAAGAAUCAAAC